CCCAGCUGUUCCCCCAGCUCCUCCCUCCAGCCAGCAGGGAAACAGAGACCCAUAGUCCUCCGCCCGGGAAUGAAAUAUUCAGUUUGAUGGCUUGGGCGGGUGGUGCUUCCUUCCUUGUCCCCAGCCCUCCUAUAAAGAGGAGCCUGAGCAUUGGCAGUCGCCCCACAAGGCUGCAGAUUGGGCGGAGCAGACCAGCAACAAGGUGGUCCUGAGUGUAUUGACUGCACCUUGGUGAGGAUGCAAACCCGCGUGCUGUGGUGGCUGGCCCUUGGCAUCCUGCUGGCGAUUCCUGCAGGAGCCAAGCCGAUGCCAGAGGAAGCAGACCCCUACACUCAGCCACCCGCCAUGCCCUACUGGCCUUUCUCCACCUCUGACUUCUGGAACUACGUGCAAUAUUUCCAGACCCAGGGUGCCUACCCACAGAUCGAGGACAUGGCCAGAACCUUCUUUGCCCACUUCCCUCUGGGGAGUACCCUGGGCUUCCAUGUCCCCUACCAGGAGGACUGAGCAGUGUCCAGUCUGCUGCCUGCCUGGCUGCACUGGCUGGGGCCUAAGGUGGUCUAAAUACAGUGAUGAGCAAGGGAUGGGACUCGUGCUCAAUAAACUCCCCAUGAAG